ACCAUGUGUCCAUCAAAUGGGCCGGCCACCAGAUAGCGCUUCUUAGGUCCCUGAGAAACAGAUGCAAACUGCAGGAGGGAUUGUGCAAAUUUGACGGUGAACAUCAGCCGUACAGGAGUUCGGUUGUGGCGGGCAAACGGCAGGAAUAUUCCAACAAAACAAAAAGAAACCGAAACUCGUUCAUCUGUGAAACGUCAACUCACAGAGCAUGUAACUUUCACAAGCGUGUGUUUUGCAAGAGGCUGACGCCUAAUUAAUAAUAAUUUUAAAAAAGGCUUGGUGUAACGUUAUUUUAUGGUACUUAAUGAUAGUUGCAGAAGAAACGGGGUGGAGGGAGUCACUUUUUAAAAAAACACUGGGUUGCGGAUUUAACAUCCGAAUGGUAUGUCUUGGAGCUAGAUUGAAUGGUAAUUGUCAUUGGGGUUCUUUCAAAGUGCAGCAUGAAAUUUUAAGUAUAAGCAGAAGGUGAGAAGAUUGAUUCCAUUGAAGAAUUAGAUGUUUAUAAGUGUAUCGGCCAUGAUCCUGAAUAAAGCAGUAAUCCUUCUUCUACAUACAUGCAUUUUGACCCUGGGACGACCACUGAAACAAGCAAGAUCUCCAAUUAUACCCAACAAGCCAUUUAUAACUGUGUGGAAUGCCCCUACUGCAGCCUGCCAAUCCUUGUUUGGUGUUGAUCUCAAUCUGGAAAUGUUUGACAUAAUUGCAAAUCAAAAUGACUCCUUAAUUGGACAAAACAUUGCCAUCUUUUAUGAAAAUAAGCUGGGCUCUUACCCCUAUUACACAGCGAGUGGAAUUUCUAUAAAUGGGGGUGUCCCACAGAAUGCUAGUUUGAAAGAGCAUCUUGCAAAGGCCCAAGUGGAUGUGAAAAAGCUAGUACCUCUGAAAGACUUUAGCGGAUUGUCGGUCAUUGACUGGGAGGCUUGGAGGCCCUCCUGGAUGAGGGACUGGGAUCAGAAAGAUAUUUACCGUAAAAAAUCAGAAGAGCUGGUGCGAACAAAACAUCCGGAUUGGCCUGAGAGUCGGGUGCUCGAGCAAGCACAAACUGAAUAUGAACAAGCUGCCUGUGAUUUUAUGGAAUUGACAUUGAAUUUGGCAAAAGGCCUUAGGCCUGGGGGCUUGUGGGGCUAUUAUGGCUUUCCCUGUUGCUAUAACAGUGUCAUUUCCAAAAAUUACACUGGAGAAUGUCCAGCUAUUGAGCUGGAGAGGAAUAAUCAUCUGAUGUGGCUGUGGAGAGAAAGCAUGGCCUUGUAUCCAAGCAUCUACCUGGAUCUUAAACUUCAAUCAACAGAGAAUGCACACAAGUUUGUUCAUUAUCGGAUCAAAGAGGGAGUCCGCCUUGCUCAACUGAGAGCAAAUCACAGCUUGCCUGUCUUUCCAUAUGCUCGGAUUGUGUACACCAACACCACACACUUCCUGACUGAGAUUGACUUGGUCCACACGAUUGGAGAGAGUGUAGCAAUGGGAGCUGCAGGGAUCGUCCUUUGGGGAAACUCUGAUUAUGCCAAAUCUCAGGAAUCCUGCCUUGCUCUGAAAGCAUAUAUCAGUGAAACACUGGGUAACUAUAUUGUUAACGUAACAAAUGCUGCAUUUAUCUGCAGUCAGUUGUUGUGUACAGGGCAUGGCAGAUGUGCACGAGUGAACAAUGAUAGCCACUCGUAUUUGCAUCUAAACCCAGACGUCUUUAGAAUAAGAGUGAACCCUUCAGACAAAGGGCCAGCAUUCCUCUGGCAGGGACAGAUAGCUGAGAAAGACAUGAGAGAAAUGACGGCCACAUUUCAUUGCCACUGCUACAACGGAUGGACAGGGGAACACUGUGAGAUCACAGAUGAAUAGACCAGCGACGCUGUGUAGCCUUUUAACGAGUGCUUAAAGUGAGCAAACACCAACCUGUGGCAAUGGCUCACUUUCAUCUUCGUUGGUGGAUUUACCACGGUUGAAAUGAAUACAAAAAAUAUUGUAAAUACUCAGCAGGCCUGGCCAAAAAAAAUCCAAGCAAUUGCGGAUGCUGGAAAGCAAACAAAAUCGGACGUUGCUGGAAAAUUUCAGCAGGUCAGGCAGCAUCUGUGGAGAGGCAAAAAAAGGAGUUAACAUUCCAGUGAGCUUUCUUCAGAACAGUCUGGCAGUGUGGGUGAGGGGAAAAAAUCAGAGUUCAUGUUUCAGAUGUUUUAGCUUUCAUUUUCUGUCUAUUAGAUGCUGCUUGAUCUGAAGUGUAUUACCAGCAUUUUAUGUUCAGCUUUAGAUUUCCAGUAUUUGUAGUGUUUGUUUUUGUGUCAUACAUGCAUGUGAACAAGCAAUUUAGGAGCAGAUGUAGGACACACAGACCCCUCGAGCCUACUCCGCCAUUUGGUAAAAUCACACAUGAUGUGAUUAUCCCACAUUCCCACCAAUCCCAAAGACUGGGUUCAUUUGGGAUUUGCAUCUGGAACCACCUACACCCAAAGUGAGAACACACCAAUAGACCAAUAAAUUUGCUUUUAUCUGGUAUCAUCAGCACGUAUUCAAUAAAAUAUUUUCUACCACAAAUGCAUUUUUUUCUUGUGUAUCAAGCUGCUGGUAUUGUCUACCAGUCUGGUAAAUGAAAUGUAAAAUAUUUUUAAUUGUUUUUGUUUAAGCACAAUGGUUUCAGUUUCUCCAAGGGCUACUCAUUCAAUAAUGGAUUUGUACUGUGAUCAUUUGAGCUCCUCCAACUGUCUGCCAGAACACAUUCUACUCCAACAAAGUUAGAUUUUUCUUCAAUCAGUGUUAAUAAUGGGGUUAACCUGUUUUAAAUUAAUGGCUGAGCAUUAAAUUAGCAUUCACCACCCUCUCUCUCACCAUUGAUGUUUUGCACUACCCUGAAUUAUUCAGUUGAAAGCCAAUGUGAUUUAUUAGUGGUUAAUAGAUGAAAAAACGCAGGUGAUUUGGUGAUGGGAAUAAAAAUUCUUCAGUUGUGUGUAAGAGCACUUCUGGAUUUCGAGAAAAGUUAGUGUUAAUGGGAUCUUGUGGCACAGUGUAUUGUCCCUACUUUUAGACCAGGAAGCUUGGAGCUGGACCUCCACACUGUAUGGAUUCAAGUCCUACCUGCUUUAGACAUAUAACAUCUCUGAACAGGUUAAUUUUUUAAAAAACCUUGAUUGUAUUAUCCUGCUAACAUUUGUCAUGCACACUUUUUCAUUCCUCUGUAUUAAUCCCUAUUUUUUUUUGUCAUCCAGGGAGAUCUGCAUUUGUAUAGAGCUAUUGUAUCCGUGCUGCCUGAAUAAACUAGCUACCAGUUUUUUUCCACUUUACAGCGUCUGCCCCUUGUAAGCUGUUACAUUUUACAGUGCAUCAGCUGCAGAUCCUGCUUCCUUUAGCUCAGCCAGAAUACAGUCAAGUCCUUCAGACCUUUUCACAUUACUAAUUGCUGAAAUGAUGAAUUUAUCACAUUUGCAGCCAUCUUAUGUCGUAACACAUUCAGGAAAUAUUCUGAAAAGCGAUGCAAAUCCACUGUUUUAGCACAGACUUUAGAAAUACUUCAGUAACUAACUGACUCAUAUACUAAA